UCGCCCCGCCGCCGCCCCGGGCCCCACAUGGGGCGCGGGCGGCGAGGCUGGCACGGGGCCGGCGCCCGGGGCCGGGAGCAGGAAGUCGUGUCCCGCGGGCGCGGUCCUGGGCGCGGCGCUGCAAGUGCGGCGCUCGGUGGCGCGGGCGGGCGGCCAGUGCGGAGCAGGAGGGCCCCUCUGAAGCGGUCCAGGAUCCUGCACAUGGCACUGAUGGGGGCUUCCGACCCCACCGUGGAGGCGGAGGCCAGCGAGGAGAAGCCCUUUCUGCUGCGGGCGGUCCAGAUAGCGCUGGUGGUCUCUCUCUACUGGGUCACGUCCAUCUCCAUGGUGUUCCUCAACAAGUACCUGCUGAACAGCCCCUCCCUGCGCCUGGACACCCCCAUCUUUGUCACCUUCUACCAGUGCCUGGUGACCACGCUGCUGUGCAAGGGCCUCAGCGCCCUGGCUGCCUGCUGCCCUGGCGCCGUGGACUUCCCCAGCCUGCGCCUGGACCUCAGGGUCGCCCGCAGCAUCCUGCCCCUGUCGGUGGUGUUCAUCGGCAUGAUCACCUUCAACAACCUCUGCCUCAAGUACGUCGGCGUCGCCUUCUACAACGUGGGCCGCUCGCUCACCACCGUCUUCAACGUCCUGCUCUCCUACCUGCUUCUCAAGCAGACCACGUCCUUCUACGCUCUGCUCGCCUGCGGCAUCAUCAUCGGCGGCUUCUGGCUCGGUGUGGACCAGGAGGGGGCCGAGGGCACCCUGUCCUGGACGGGCACCGUCUUCGGCGUGCUGGCCAGCCUCUGCGUCUCACUCAACGCCAUCUACACCAAGAAGGUGCUCCCAGCCGUGGACGGCAGCAUCUGGCGCCUGACCUUCUAUAACAACGUCAACGCCUGCGUCCUCUUCCUGCCCCUGCUCCUGCUGCUGGGGGAGCUGCAGACCCUCCGCAGCUUCUCCCAGCUGGGCAGCGCCCACUUCUGGGGCAUGAUGACGCUGGGCGGCCUGUUUGGCUUCGCCAUCGGCUACGUGACGGGACUGCAGAUCAAGUUCACCAGCCCCCUGACCCACAACGUGUCCGGCACGGCCAAAGCCUGUGCCCAGACGGUGCUGGCCGUCCUCUACUAUGAAGACACCAAGAGCUUCCUCUGGUGGACGAGCAACAUGAUGGUGCUGGGGGGCUCCUCCGCCUACACGUGGGUCCGGGGCUGGGAAAUGAAGAAGGUGCAGGAGGAGCCCAGCCCCAAGGAGGAGGAGAAGAGCGGCGUGGGGGUGUGAGUUCCUCCGGGGACCCUGGGGUGGCCCAGCGGGGAGAAUGCCCGGGGUGGGGCGGAACAGCCGUGACGGCAUCUGUCCAGACCCAGACAGGGUGGCCUGGACGGGGAACGGCUUACGGACUUGAGCGGAAUCUGGUGGUUGAAAUGGAACCAGUGUUUUCAAGAGAUGUCAGUAAGUUGCCCAAGCUGUGUCGACCCCCUUUCCUAUUUCUAAGUUUGUGUCCUCCCCUAGGGAGGAGGGAGCCCCCUGGGAAUAGCCAGUGAGGUUCUCUGGAAGACCACUAGCUCUCAGGGAGCUGGGGAGGGGUUGCACCCCUCCUGCCCCCCUCCCAGGGCCUUCUACCUCCAUGUGACCUUUGCGGUUGGGGACGGGCCACCACCUUUAAGGGACAGUAUUGGGGAAGCCAGUACAUCUGCACUUAUACUCAGGGGAGAUGGGGGUGUGACCCACCACAGGCCAACUGAAGGGGUUUGGGGAACCUCUCGGCUCUGGCAGCCUAGCUUUGGCCCCCAAAACCAGCCUUCCUUUAGGGGAAAGCGUGGGCUGGGCUGAGGCAGGAAAUGGACCAGGGUUCCGUCUUCCCCGUGCCUAGACCAGCAGGCCCCGUGAGAGAGGACGAAAGAUCACUAUGCCUGAGCCUGGUGCUGGCACCCCUGGGGGGCUGCUGGGAAGUGCCCCACGAAUGGGAUACCUCGUGGGAAAGUGCCCUUUUCCUGCUAUCUGCACUCCAUAUUUCCAGCUUUUGAAUAUGGGGACCACACGUCUUUUACUGGUUAAGCAAGUUCAUGAGCCCCCCUCCCAAUCACUGGCACCCCUUUUACCUGCCUCACUCCUCAGCCUUUGAGGGCCACGUGUCCCUUGGUCCCUGCACCUGGCACAGCUGCCCGGCCAGGUAACGACCUCUUGAAAGUGCAGCCAGGGCUACCUCUGCCCUCCCAAAUCUGCCUCCCCCGGAGCUUCACCCCCAGGGGGUUGAUGGAGUGAGGGACCUGCCACAGAGCCUUCCGCCUCAGCUGUCCUCGCAGAUCCUGACCCCUGCGGGGUAGAGGUUGUCACCCAAUCCUGAUGGAGGAGAUAAACUACCAAUUACGUUCUUCUCUGAAGGCUCGGGGUGGCUCCACAGCCCUGUCCCUUCUGCUGGGCAUUCUGUUCCACGCAUCUCCUUGGGGUCAUUCCUGAUGUUUUUAGUCCUAUAGGGAAAGGCCGGGAGCGUGUCUUCUCAUCGCGACCCCCUUCCAGUCCCCCCCACACCCAAUCCCAAGUGGUUUCUAAUGAAAAUGAAUGAAGUUGGUGGGGCCUGAUGCCCUCAAUUGUGUGUGAUUUAAUUAAAAAUCAGAGUGAGACA